AUGGCGCUUCAAAGAGCCUCCCUCAUUUCCAUUGGAGAGGUGCCUUAUUACGUACCAGCUCCAUCGCGAAAGAUCGCUUUGUCUUUAGCAGAGGUCUGGACUGCUUCGAAAGAAGAGAUCCCUCCCGAGUUCGCGCCUUGCACAAUUUUCCUGUGCGAUCAUGCAACGCUGAUGGAUUUGAGUUCCUUGUCAUCUUCCCUUCAGGAGAAAACGAGGCUCUGGCUUGCUAGCGAUGACGUGUUCUCCAAUGACUUUCUCAAACACGUCUACAUCGUGACGUCCGCUCCUCUGGCUCUCACUGUAGAGGACACUGAUGAGCUUGGCUUGUUGUUCAGGAAAUGGGGAGUGGCGACUGUCCAUCUCCUCCAUGGCAGUGAUGAUAGCGACCCUUGGAUGCCCGGUCCGUACGUAAACUCGGGCUCCGUCUUUCAUGCCGUUUGGCGAUUAUUCCCAGAUACGAAUGGGGCCUUCAUGUUCCCGACAGUUCCUUCUGAACAUGACCCUAGAGCAUUUGUAAAUCCUGGAACUGCAGGUGUUCCUGUCCCAAGCCGAUGCUACUACCCGGAUCCAACCCCGGAGAAGCCUCUUUCAGGAAUGAGAGUUGCCAUCAAGGACAACAUCGAUGUGGCUGGCGUUCCCACAAGUGUCGGUAGUAAGGCCUUCGCUGAACUCUACGGUGCCAGGGAUAAGAAUGCUCUCUGCGUCGAAAGGCUGCUCGAUGCAGGGGCUUUGAUUAUUGGUAAAGCCAAGACGGUCCAGUUUGCUUCAGGAGAAGGUGCACGGGACUGGAUCGACUACCAAGCUCCCUUUAACCCUAGGGGUGAUGGCUACCAAGAUCCUGAAUGCAGCAGCGCCGGGAGCGCAACGGCAUGCUCAGCAUAUGACUGGGUUGCUAUUGCCCUUGGGACUGAUACUAUUGGGAGUAUCAUAGGUCCGGCUGCUCAUCACGGCCUGUUUGGUCUUCGGCCUUCGCUUGGAAGUAUUGCUAUGUCUGGGAUUGUCCCAUUUUCUAAAGAAUUAGACACUGUCGGCCCCUUUACUCGGACUGCGUCUUUGGCUACAAAGGCCAUGCAGGUCUUGGCUGCCGCUGAUAUGACUACACUGCAAUAUUUUGAACACGUUCAACUGCUGUACCCUGUUGAUGUGUUCGGCAGCUUACCUGAGUAUUCUGCUUUUGCUGAGCCAUUUAUCCAACAGUUUGAAGAGUUCCUUGGUGUAAAAAGAGUCAACAUUAGCAUAAGAGAAAAGUUCAAAGAGGAGCAGAUCGCAGGGGGGAAGUCAAUUGACGAGUUCCUAAGCCAAACGACGGCUCGUAUUCAACUAGUCGAUUGCUACAGAAGCUGUGCCCCCUUCUUAGAUGAGUAUAAAAAUAAGUUCAACCAGACGGCAUUCGCGGAUCCGUACAUCAGAUACAAAUGGAAGCUCGGAGAGAAAAUCACCCAAGAGCAGUACGAGGAAGCAAUUGCUCAGAGGGACGUUUUGAGAGAAUGGGUUUUGCAGAAGCUGAUACCCAGAAAUAGUCCCAAUGAAAUGCAGAGCAUCCUGAUCAUGCCAAAUGGUAAGACCGAGGAGUUAUAUCGCUAUCAUUAUGACGGGCGAACACUGGAAGAAGAAGCAAGUUUAAAACAAGGCUAUGGCUUUAAGAAUAGCUUCCUUGCCACUUUGGCAGGCUUACCAUUCUUCAACGUGCCAGUCGGCCAAAUACCGUAUAUUUCUACUGUCACUGAGAGAUCUGAAGUCAUUCCACGAAACAUUGGUCUCGUUGGCCCGAAAGGCUCGGAUAUUGCCCUGUUGCAACUCGUGGAAGAUUUUCUAGAUGCCGCCCCUGGUCUUCACUCACGCGUGAUGACUGGAGCUAGGGCCUUUGAAGAUAAGGCCUGA